ACAAAAUGUCAUAUCACGUACUACUCAGUUUGUAUGAUCAUCAAGGUCGGUUAUCGUGUUAUCACAACUAACCUAAAUGUUAAGAGAAAAUGGCUGCCAAGGAUACACCUACCUCCGAUAUGAUAGUUGGUAUAAUAGGAAGCGGCUUGAUUGGCCAAAGUUGGGCGAUGUUGUUUGCCAGUGCUGGAUACCAGGUUAAGAUAUAUGAUGUAGAUGUAGAACAGGUAAAGAAAGCCUUACAAAACAUUGAGCAACAACUUCUUGAUCUGCAGGAGCAGGGUCUGUUGAGAGGAAAUUUAAACAAACAAGAACAACGAGAAAGAAUAACAGCUGUUUCCACUAUAGGCGAUUGUGUCAAAGGAGCAUUUUAUAUACAGGAAUGUGUUCCCGAGCGUCUAGACAUCAAGAAAGGGGUUUGGGGCGAAGUGGACAAAAUUGUCAAUGUCGAUGUCAUCAUGGCUAGUUCAUCAAGUUCCCUCCUGCCAUCAAAGAUUUCAGACGGCCUGAAGCAUCGGAACCGUUUUCUGGUAUCCCACCCGACAAAUCCACCUUUUUAUGCACCUCUUGUUGAAAUUAUUCCUGCUCCCUGGACCGAUGAUGACGUAGUUCCGACAACAAAAUCUCUUUUAGAAAGAAUUGGUCAAGUUCCUGUUGUUUUAAAGAAAGAGAUUGAUGGCUUUGUACUGAAUAGAAUACAAUAUUCAAUAAUUGGCGAAGCCUGGAGGCUUAUAAAUGAUGAUAUUAUCAGCGCUGAAGAUUUAGAUAAGGUAAUGUCAACUGGUCUUGGAGUUAGAUAUGCGUUCAUGGGUCCACUUGAAACUGCUUAUCUAAAUGCUGACGGUAUGAAGUCUUAUAUUGAAAGAUAUGCUGAAAUGGUAUACAGAAUUCAAAAAUCGUUUGGACAGCCAUUACCAAUGGGGGGUGAAACGGGAGACAAGAUUCACAAGGAACUGGAGAGUUAUGUAUGUCCCGUAGAAUGUCUUGCCGAAAGAAGACAAUGGCGAGACAAGCGUUUAGCAGCUCUUGCCAAAUUAAAGAAAGAAAUGGACAAAGGCGAUUCUGCAUCAUGAAUUAUCUGUUCUAGUAUUUCUAUCAAUACUUUAAAACGAUUUACAGAUGCUUCUAUUUAUGACUCAUAAAUUAAUUGGCUAAUUCAUUCGUUCGGAACAAUUUUACACGUUCUAGUAUUUAUCAGAAAAAAUAAUGCCGGUUUUACAACUCCGCAUUCUGUAUAUUCUAAAUUCAACUAAUUAGUGCUUGUGUGUUUAUAUUGUACGCCUAAUUAAAUCAUAGCUUAUAAUUACCAUUAAUGCUUGUUUAUAGGAAUACUUUGAAGAUUUAACCUUGUAUACUGUCUACACAUUGAUAAUAUUUUAUUAUUGAACGUGUUUGAAUCAGAAAAACAAGUUGCCAAUUAAAUAAAUGUUACUGGAAAUAGAAAA